UCUGACGUAUCGAUAAGUCUAUACGAAGGCGUCAUCCAGCUCAUUUCGCAGCCCCAGGCUCCCGAAUCCUUUUGGUCAACAGCCUUCUGAUCCUUUGGAGCUGGUCGCAAGGACCAGACUAGAUUGAAUCUCAUGGCAUGACGAGCAGGCCGGGUAGUGGUCGAUUGGUCGAUUUUGUAAAGCGACGAAAUGACGCGGGUCUCGCGUUUAGACCUUUUACCUCUGAACAAUAAUCUAUUCAGCAGGGAACUCGAGGAGCGUGAGAGACGCCUAGGCCAAGCACACCUUGAUACGUUCUCGUUUCGAUCAUCUCUUGCUGCGUUCGCAAUGUCUACCCAUUCCGCUCAGUCCUCGACCAACCUAUUCCGCAGAUUGGCUUGGCAAUCCUCCAUACACCUAUUCAUUCGUCUAGCGGAUGGUGAACCUGGAGCCGGUUCCGGAUCGGACAGAUACUACAUGCAAGCUCCUCGCCACUCCUAUCUGCCUUUGCUCUUACCAGAGAUCCGGGAAAACCUCGUCGAACUAGCGCUGGACGACCAACAGCUGGCGGAUACAGAUGAGAAAGACUGGUGGUUUGAGGAGGAGGUCGAGGAGGGCUCUUCGGUGUUUGUGUCUCAAGGUCCUUGCAGGUGGCAUUGGCCAUUGGAUUUGAUCGAGCUAUAUUCUUUCAUCUCUCGAUCUGCAGCAUCGAGCUCAGACCCCACCGCCUCCUCAUCUACUUCCGCCUCAUCGUCCAAAUCUCGUCCGUUACGCCUAUUGUUGCAUUUAUCGAACCCACCAGCCGAUAAGCUCCUACUCAACAACACUGUCGAAGCGUGCAAGACUCAAUACAUCAAUCAAGUGAAAGAAGCAGACUUUGUCAGGUGGAGAAACACCACCAAAGUGACGAAUCUUCGACGGGCAGAUCUAGAAGCGGGUUGGGACGGUAUUGUACAGGACGACUACGACCUCUACAUGCGCAUGGCAUCGCGCAUACUUCCCCUGCCUAUUGCUGCGGGUGCUCCUAGCCCAUCGAUACCAUCUCGUCCACCCUCAACGGAUCCCGGCUCCUCAGGUCCAUCAAAGCCCGAAUCUGCGUACACUACGAGAGCGCUGCCAGUCAAGCUGUACCUUCCUGACAAUGCACCAGUCAUACAGGAGGUUGUCCCACCGAUGACAGCUGAUGGUAUGCCACUCUCUAUCCUUGCUCUUCUGCGGCAGCAUCUUCCUUUGCUCUUCCCUGCCUUGAAUGAGAAAGGUAGUCCGUACGACUUGGCUAUACCGGUCGCUCAAGGCAUCGAGAUCCCGCCGGAGGCAGAGGUAGCUUGGCUGUCUGCUUGUAUGUGUGGCGUCGAUGGAUGGCUCCGGAUAGGCAUCCAGUUGAGGGCAGCGUAACGAUGGAUGUUAUUACCGGGUGUCGCCGAACCGCGCGUGUAGACAAAUCGGGUUGAUCUCGGGCCAAUGUAUGACUCAUGAGACCUCCACCUUCACCGACCGUUUGACAUGACAAAGCGAACCUGGCUGACACAUCUCGUGCCGUGUCCUUACAUCCAAGCCAGCACGAUUCCACAAGAUGAGCACUACAGUCUUGAUCUCAGGAGCCAACAGAGGGUGAGCCCAUUCAGCC